ACAUAAGACAAUCGUGCAAAGUUGCUUAAGUUUAAACAUAUAAUGAGGUAGAGUAGGAGUAUAAAGAUGUGCAAAUUCACCAUGAGCAAAGUUAUUGAAUAACUAUAUUCAAUAUCAAUAUAUCAAUAUUUCUAAUAAAAAUGUGCUUAGAGCAAGUAAUGUUAAUUUCUAUGAGAUCGAAAUUCUUUAAAAACUUAGAGAACCUAAAGAGAACCUGUGGGAACUGCAUCAAAAAAUAAUAGCAUCUUGUUUAGGUGUGAACGCGCAAGUUUACGAGGUGCAAUGGAACGCAGCAUGACUGUGAGCCGUUUUCUCGGUUGCUCCGGCGACGUGCGACCCCUAUCUGCAAGAGCUGGACACUGAUCGAGCCCAUGGAGGAGAGGAGAGGAGGCCAGGAGGAGAGGAUGCUGUCAUCCGUUUUCACCCGAGAUCAGUGACUGACAGCGGCUUUGAACAUGAAGUGAUUACGAAACGCUCUGAUAUAACUCAGCUAUCUCCGCGCCCCGCUCGGGCCGUUCAGGAUGACGAUGGCGUCCCAGUGCACGCAGCGAGCUGUGCAGGAGUUCCUUAUGGAGAGAGGAGGGAGGGUCCAACAGAUGGAGCUGAUCGAUCAUUUCCUAUCAGUUUGGGAGGAAAAUGACCCGUCGAAGGAAGAGGUGGAUCGUGAGACGCUGACAAGCAUCGUGGACGCCGUGGGUUUCGUGAAAGUGGAAAACGGCGUGAAAUUUGUAUGUUUAAACACUGAAUGCACAGCGGAGUCGGUGAUGCGAACGGACGCAGAGAGCCACGAUCACGCGGAGUGCAACGGUAACGGUAAUCUCCAGGACAACGACUAUGUCAACGGCAACCCUGACAACGGAGAGCAAACAGGAGCUUCCAGCCCACUAGCUGCCAGUCUGGACAAUGACAAGCAGUCAAACGGCAAUGAGCAACCUGCAGUCCCCUCCCAGAAUAAUAAGACCAACACAAUGAGUCCUGCUUCUGCUGGAGGAGGGGAGGUGAAGCUGAGAGACAGAAGGAGGCGAGAGUCAGCCCCAGUUAUUGGGAUGCCAGAUUUGGACCAGGCACACCCUGGAGGGUCCCACAGCCAGCAAGCAAGAGGAGCGCGAAGGGUGUCCAAAGGGUCCCAGCGGGCCAUGUUGACCAGCUGCCUAUCUGAAGACAGCGCCUUGGAGGGGCUGGACCCUGUUGGCGAUAUCAACACCCCUAAGGGAAGCCGCAGGAACUUCAUAGAGCUGAUGAUGAGUAGUUCUCCUCAGGUUCGGAGGUCUCUGAUCAACCGUGGCUCACGCCUCCGGGACUCUGUGAGAAGCGAUGGUGACUCUACAUCGCUCCUCUCCUCAGCUACUGACGAGGACUGUGCCUCAGUGACCCUGGAUCCGCUAGAGCAUGAGUGGAUGCUGUGCGCCUCAGACGGCCUGUGGGAAAGCCUGCAGCCCCUGCUAGCUGUUGAACCCAGCCUGGUGGCCAAGAGAGACUUUGUGACCGGCUUUACUUGCCUCCACUGGGCGGCUAAGCAAGGCAAAGCUGAGCUGCUCUCCCAGCUGCUGGCCUUCGCCAAGGAGAAUGCUGUGCCUGUGAACAUUAAUGUCCGAUCAAGUGCUGGAUACACACCUCUACACCUGGCAGCCAUGCAUGGACACACACAGGUGGUCCGCGUGUUGCUGUCAGACUGGGAGGCAGACCCUGAGGCGAGAGACUACAGCGGGAGGCGAGCCAUCCAGUACCUCCCCCCACCAGUGGCUGCUGACCUGCAAGAAGAGGGAGUGGUCACCUCUCCAGGAGCUGAAUCAGACAACGAAAACACUAACGGCAUCAGCGGUGGAGGGCGUGGCUGGCGGUUUCCCAGAGUGCUCCAGGGCAAUCUGAACCCUCUGCGCCUCCUGAACCCACCGGCUGAGGCAGCAGAGGAGGCGGUCGGGAAUGGGAGGACUAAGGGGGGGAUGCAGAGGAAGUCGUCUCUGAGCAAGCUGAACGCGCGGCUGCAUCGGGGACGCCACCGAGCCCAGAUCAUCCACAGCGCCUCCUUCAGGGACACGGGGGAGGUGGGAAGAGGUGAGGAGCUACCCUGCAGUCCUCUACGAACCCGACCGCUGUCCAACCUGUUUGGAUGAAGUUGCACCACUCUGAACCAGCGAUACAGAGAUGUAAACCAGUCUGACAUGUUUUGACUUACAGAAUACAGUUUACUCACCUUUAUAAGCUGACAGGUCAGACAUUUUUAUAACCAGAGUUAAUAGUAUACAUCCAAAUACAUAGUGUCACACUGAUUUUAAAGUUUUUAUUAUUAGAGUUCAAAUUAGUAAGUAAAAAUAUAAUUUAUUUUUGUUCCUAUUGCAGUUUUUAGGUUUCUGUCAAUCACUGAGGGGAGGGCACAGUUCACAUAGCAUUUUAUUUUAUUUGUAGAACAAUUAACUGAGUUCAGAAUUGAGUUUUGAACAAGAUUUUUGGUGUUAAUGGGGUUUUCUAUACAGUUUUUAGGCUCUUUGUUAGAGCAGGUUGCAAACACUACACCAGGUGUCUUAGUUUAAUACCUUACACAAGAACCAUGUUCACACAAAUGCAAAAUCAACGGGCAGGAUUGUAAAAGCUUUUAACUUCAGCUUUUGACUCACAGUGGUGAGAGAUUUGAACACAGCACUUAGGUUUCCAACACAAUUACCCAAAAUCGUUUUUCUGUUGGGAAAGUGAAGUAAUAUAUUUAUACAACUAAUUUUCUAUAUUUCAACCUCCUUUGAUUGGAUGGUGCUGAGUUUUGUUUUUUUACUAAAUUUCUGUGAUGUGAAUGUUUUUAAGUAGCAGAUUUUAAUAUUCAAAAACUUGUUACCACAGAAUUCUUGUAUGUCCAAAACCGUAAAUGUACAGUCGUCAUGUUUGCACUUUGUCACUUUGAAGAUAGUUUGUGAUCAUGGGAGGAAAUUGCUGAAACUAAAACCAUGACAGCUGUUCUUAAUCCCAUGUCAUACUUACAGUAUAUGUUAAUAUUCUAGACACAAUAUAGGAGGGUAAUUAAUCUAAUUCUUACACCUUUCAGAUGUAAAAUCUAUUGUAUAAACAGUAUAAAAGCACAAAUGACAUAAUGUAAUUUUUUUUCCUGUACAUUUUACUUUUGUUAAUAGAUCGUUUUCACCGAAACAGAGUUAAAAGGGUGAUUAAGUGCUGGUUAGUUACACUGAUAGGGGGGAUAUUUCCAGGCUGCCAUGGCUUUAGUCAGAUCCAAUUACCUAUAUAAAGACACUGAUCAGUUACACAGUAGGACUGUUUCACAUGGUGGAAGCACAGUGAGAGACAUUACUGUUUAUAUAACUUUUUAGACUGACUAUAAUGUACCUCAAAUCUUCCAAAUCUGGUUCUCUCAUUGUUAUAUUUCCUCUUUGUGAUUGGGGUUUAAUCAAUAUGGGUCUCUGAUGGCAGAUUGCAUCAUUUUUGUGCUGAUAUUCAGUUUCAAAAGAUAAUUUUAAAUGGUUACAGAUUCCCAAUUUUCAUUUCACUAUUUCAUUAAGUAUCUAUUUCGAUCCCCAAGACAUAGAUACAAUACAUCAAGUAAAUAAGUAAUGUGAAUUGGCUAUUCUCAGAUAAGUUCAGGUUAAUGUCUUUUCAUGGACAACCAGCAUAACAGUGAUCAGUUCUACAGUAAAUAUGCAACCAAACAAACUAUUUCAUAUCCAUCUUUUAUUACACUGGAUUUGAUUUGAUAUGUAAAAAAAGGCCGAGGUUGGCCUCUUGUAUUUGUCUAACUUUGCAUGUACACAAUCAUUAACCCAUGAAUCAUGUCUGCAUCAUCUCUGAAUAGUAACACCAGAAUAUACUGUAUGUUUAGCUUAGGUGCACAGUGACUUUUUGACUGUUUUCCCAAGUAUGGUGACUUUUCUUACAAUUUCUGAGUAUUGCAUCAGUAGCUCAUUGAUGCAUCCUUGAUUUCAUGAAUGUCCCCUUUGUAUUCUAGGCUGUAGCCUUUGUACUCAAAUCAUAGGGCUUCGUGUAAUUGUGUGGUCGACACCUUUGAUGUAGAAAUGAAUUAUACAGAUGUACCUUGAAGUCACUUUUUCAGAUGAAGCAUGAAUAGAGGAAAUGUAAAUGCUGUGCACUGUCGAUUUUCAUGUCUGUAAGUCAUCGUGUCUGUCUUACCUGUUAAAUACUGUGAAGUUAUUAUACUGUGUGGUGAGAAAACACCAUGCAGAGUUACUGAGCCACUGUCACCUUUUUCCUCAUGUCUCAUCCUUAAUUAUGAAAUAAAGCAACAUGUGUUAGCAUAAAACUAAA